GCCCACCUGCUGUGUCUCUCGGCCCAUUUCCUCAGCAGUGGCUCUCGCCCUGCCCCUCAGCGCGGCGCAGCGGAAAGGGCCUGCUGUGGGCCUCUCUAGCCCUCUGGAGGACUUGCCAUCUGUUUCCGGAGGCUUCUGGCGGCAGUAGGUGGGUCUGACGUGAGGAGCCACGCAGAGUGGUGUGCUCAGUCAGUGCUGCUUUAGGCUCCGGUGUUUUGGCAAUGGGGCAGCAGGGGUUGUGCAGACUCAUGUUGAGGUUUAAUUUGUACAAAAGGACUAAUAUCAUACUGCAGCAUUUGAAAAUGUCUCAGCACACAGAUGCUGCAGCAGAAGUCCUGUUGGAAAGAAAAGGCUGUGCAGGAGUGAUAACACUAAACAGACCAAGGUUUCUGAAUACACUGACUCUUAAUAUGGUUCAGCAGGUUUACGCACAGCUAAAGAAGUGGGAACAAGAUCCAGAAACUUUCCUGAUCAUCAUAAAGGGAGCUGGUGAAAAGGCUUUCUGUGCUGGAGGUGAUAUCAGAGCAGUCUCAGAAGCUAGAAAUACAAACCGGGAAAUGCUUCGUGUUUUUUUCCGAGACGAAUAUAUUCUGAACAACGCCAUUG